AUGGCCUCCACUCGCUCCUUGAUGCGCCUGGGUUCUGGCCGCUCUGUGGCAUCUGCCACAAGGUCUAUGACCCGCACUUUCUCCUCGGCCUCCCUUCAGUAUGCCCCCAAGGCCUCGACAGCACCAGGCCCGGAGCCUGAGAACAUGCGCCAAGCGCAGCGCCCGCCCCCGGGACCUCUGCGUGCCCCCGUCGUCAACCCUACCGACAAGUACCAGCCUAUGGCCGAUAACCUCCACACCUAUGGACAAUAUAUUAUGUCCUGCCUUCCCAAGUACAUCCAGCAAUUCACCGUCUGGAAGGACGAACUUACCGUGUACACCGCCCCGGCCGGUAUCAUCCCCGUGAUGAGCUUCCUGAAGAACCACACUGCCGCCGAGUUCACCCAGGUCUCCGAUAUCACUGGUGUCGACUUCCCCACCCGCGACCAGCGCUUCGAGGUUGUCUACAACCUGCUCAGUGUCCGCUACAACUCCCGCAUCCGUGUCAAGACUUACGCGGAUGAGGCCACCCCCGUUCCCAGUGUCACCGGUCUCUACGAGGGUGCCCUGUGGUACGAGCGCGAGGUGUACGACAUGUUCGGUGUCUUCUUCUCUGGACACCCUGAUCUGCGCCGUAUCAUGACCGACUACGGUUUCGAUGGUCACCCUCUCCGCAAGGACUUCCCCUUGACCGGUUACACCGAGCUGCGCUACGACGAGGAGAAGAAGCGCAUUGUCAUUGAGCCUUUGGAGCUUACCCAGGCAUUCCGCAACUUCGAGAGCGGUUCCACCUCCUGGGAGCCUGUGGGUGCUGGUCAGAACCGCACCCCCGAGUCCGUAAGUGAUAUUCUGCCCUCCGGUUUUAGUUCCAUUCUGACCAACCCGUACAGUUCAAGCUUCCCACUCCUAAGCCGGAGGAGAAGCCCGAAGAAAAGAAAUAGAAGCAGUCUGUAUGCGUAUCAUUUUAUUUGCCAUGUCUCUAUGUACAUAUCCGUCACUGUUAAUCGAUGGUCUUUUUUUGUCCAAGCAAUUCGUUUACUAUACACACACAAAGUAUCAAGUACCAGUCCGACAAAUCACAUUCUAAAGAUACCCGUACACUACGGACACGCCAUGCCCAAACGCAAGCUCGACGAGCUGAGCGCUCCCCCGCCGCGGCCGCGCGCCAGCGACACCCGCAAAAUGUCAAUUCACGGCACCCGGUUGACACAGAUGUAUGAGAAUGGCGUGCAGAUGAUCUCACGGGGCCUUAAGAUCUCGCGUGGCUUCGAGAGACAGAAACUCAGUCGUCGAGAGAAGACAGCGAAGACGCAGAAGGAUGAUAAGGCUUUGGGACGGUUGAAGGAGGAGAUUGAGGUUCUCAAGGGCCUCGAUUACCAAGUGGUGUCUGAGCGAUAUCUUUUCAAACAACUCAUCAAGACGAAGCGGAUUGCGGAGACAAAGACGUUUGGUGAAUUCCAACAAGUCAAGAAGGUGUCUCAGGAAGGUCCGAAGAGUACGGCCGAAGCUAAUAUUCUUGCGCGCCUGUUCAAAUCUACGCCCGUGCAGAAAGAAAUCCCAGGGAUAAUGGCUGGAAUUCGCAAACUGUUGAAGAUCGACGAUGCGCCAGUUGAGAAGAAGGAAAAGGCAACGAAGAAGAAGUCAAAGGCUGAAGAGGACUCUGAGUCUGAAUCGACGAAACGCCGGGGCGGCGAGCAGGUCUCCCGUUCCGAUGCGAUGGAAAUAUCUGGCUCAGAAUCCGGAGACGAGGAACUAUCCCAGUUCGAUGCACGCCUUGCACCAGGAUCAGAUUCGGAUGCUGAUUCUGAGUCUGGCGACGAAGACGAAGACGAAGAUGAAGAUGGCAUUUCCGAUUCCAUAUCUCGCUCUCCAUCACCCUCCUUCUCGGGUGCGGACUCUCCUCCACCAAAGAAAGCAAAGGCCACCAAAGGAUCUGCUGCACCUGCGCAGAAUACGACAUUCCUUCCUUCGCUUAUGGCUGGUGGUUACUGGUCUGGGUCUGAAGAAGCCACUGACGAGGAGGCUGAGGCCCAACCCAAGCGAAAGAACCGCAUGGGUCAACAGGCCCGUCGGGCUCUCUGGGAAAAGAAGUUCGGCGCCUCAGCGAACCAUGUGAAGCAUGAAGCGAUGCAGGAGAAGAUGGCUGCCAAGUAUGGUUAUGGCAGUAGAGACCAUGGAUGGGAUGCCAAGCGCGGUGCUACCGAUGGCACCAGGGGGAGAGGCGGCAAGCGUGGUGCCUCCGGUGGUGGCUUCGGGCGAGCAAGCAAGCGUGAUGACGCCGGCCAAGCUGGUGAUAGCAAGCCCGGCAAGCCCGGCAAACCGAAGGGACCGCCCAAGGACGAGGGUCCCCUGCAUCCUUCUUGGGAGGCAAAGCGGAAGGCCAAGGAGCAGGCUCCAGCUGCGUUCUCCGGAAAGAAGGUCACAUUCGAUUAA